AGGGAGGAGCGAGGGGAGCGCGGGCCGCAGCCGCCCCCGCCCCGCGCCUCCCGCGCGCAACAGUUCCCCCAAAGUUGCCGCCGGGGAGGCGCGCAACCGGCGGGGGACGCGGCCUUGGGCCGGCGCGCGCAGCCCCGGGCGGGCGGCGGGAUGGGCACUCGGCAGACCAAGGGCAGCUUGGCGGAGAGAGCCAGCCCGGGCGCGGCGCCCGGCCCCCGCCGCGAACGACCCGACUUCUGGGCGUCGCUGCUGCUGCGCGCCGGGGACAAGGCGGGGCGCGCGGGCGCUGCGCUGCCCCCCUACCACCGGCGCGUCGGCAUGGUCCAGGAGCUGCUGCGGAUGGUGCGCCAGGGCCGGCGGGAGGAGGCGGGGACGCUGCUGCAGCACCUGCGCCAGGACCUGGGCAUGGAGUCAACCUCCCUGGAUGAUGUGCUGUACCGCUACGCCAGCUUCCGGAACCUGGUGGACCCCAUCACACAUGACCUCAUCAUCAGUCUGGCACGCUACAUCCACUGCCCCAAGCCGGAAGGUGAUGCCCUGGGUGCCAUGGAAAAGCUGUGCCGGCAGCUGACCUACCACCUUAGCCCUCAUUCACAGUGGAGGAGGCAUCGAGGGCUGGUGAAGAGGAAGCCACAGGCCUGUCUCAAGGCCCUUCUGGCUGGGAAUCCUCCAGACAACAUGGUAGAUCUGUCAGGCAUUCCACUGACCUCACGUGACCUUGAGCGGGUGACCAGCUAUCUUCAGCGCUGUGGAGAGCAAGUGGACAGUGUGGAGCUGGGCUUCACAGGCCUCACGGACGACAUGGUCCUGCAGCUACUACCAGCGCUCAGUACCCUGCCUCGCCUUACCACACUAGCCCUCAAUGGCAACCGAUUGACCAGAGCUCUGCUGAGGGACCUCACUGACACCCUGAAGGACCCCAGCAAGUUCCCCAAUGUCACAUGGAUUGACCUGGGCAACAAUGUGGACAUCUUCUCUUUACCCCAGCCCUUCCUGCUCAGCCUGCGCAAGCGAUCUCCAAAACAGGGGCACCUACCAACCAUCCUGGAGCUAGGGGAGGGGCCGGGUACUGGGGAAGAGGCCAGGGAAGGUCCAAGUCAGCAGGACCCUGGAGGAAGCCCUGUGACACUUACUGAAGACCAGGAGAGCAGGGAGACUGUGACUCAGACAUGACUAGGAAGUAGGGAGAACUUGUCAGGAUGGCUAAGGUGGGUUAGGGGCUCCUCCCAUCAAGUAGAUGUCUGAACAACCCACCUACCACCCAGACACCAGGCUAUCAGAGUACUAACUUUGUCCCCAACUCCCAGUACCUGCCACUGAGAAGUCAUCCCUUGCUCUAGGGGCUCUGGGAUGCCUCCACUUAGCCCGUCCUCCCAGACUUGUGGGGCUGGAUGGAGCAAGCAUUCUCCCACCAGUACAGUUGAGCCGCCUUACAGCUAAGGAAAGGUGGCAUCUACUAAGACCCUUGGAGGUCUUCCAGGGGCCUCCUGGAGGUGGUGUGUGGUCCUGAGCAUUAAGUAUAGGAAAUCCAGUUGAAGCAGCAGACCUCCCUCAACUGGAGGAUUUUACUGUGAAAGGCAGCACAUGCCUAGUUCCCUUACCCCUCAACCAGCACAUUUUUUUCCUACCAGCUAACUUUCAGAACCUAGUCCUUGGAAUGGCUUUUCAAAGCACUUUUUUAUCAGAAGGCUCCAGGACUAGUUAAGCCCCAGGUAGAAGGAAAACUGGGGCCUUCUACACUUUUUUCCAUAAUGCUCCUAACCCCCAGUGAGCAGUUCCUACACUCCAAACCCAAGGAAACUGGGAACCGUUCUGAACUAAGUGACUAUCCAAGUUAAGGGAAGGAAAGCGUUACAGGCCAGGUAAGCAAACUGGCUCAUAGGAUCUGGGCAAGAUAGGGGCCUUACAUGGUACUGCAUAAAUACAGCCAAGGGACAGGACAAGUGUGGAUGCCUUAAAUGCUUUGGAAUCUUUGCCCAAGUCUUAGGCUGUGAAAACAGCUUAGACUGACCAGAAGUUUACAGUGCUAAAGCUGGGCUGCUCAACACUGACUAUUUACUCUUCAAAUACACAAGACCCUGCUUUA